ACAUUAACGGCCAUCGUUUACUUAUAUCCUCUGUAACGCUUGCUCCUUGGCUUUUGCGUCAUCUACUGCAUACUAUGUUCUUUGUUCCCAUUAAUCUUGUUCUGAUUGACACCGGCAUACCAUAGGGCAGUUUACUGGGCCUCGUAAACCCCUUUGUCGCUAGUGUUGGCGUUGAGCGGUCAUCUGUCGUCUUCUGGGAUCCUAACACUGAAGAAUGGUGUUAGAUAGUUUGUCAUGGCCCUUCACACCUUCCUCUUUUUUGUUUCCCCUCAUUUACCACUUGCUUAUCAAGAGUUGUUUUGUCUGUCUGAAGCUUUAAUCAUGAUCGAGAAGCGCUUGGCGGGAAGGGCAAACCGAGCACCUGCUUUUGCAGAGAUUAUAAGGAGACAUCAGGCCAAGAUUCCCAUACCCGCUUAUCUAUCCUGGGAUAAGCAAAACUCAGGGCAUCAU